GAAACAGAAAGUGAGAGUUCACUUUCAUCAACACUGAAGAGUCGGCCUGGAAGCCAUUCUGUCAUUUCUCAGGAGUCUAGUGUGAAAAGAGGGAGAGCAAUCUUUGAAAAGAUGUCAUCAGAAAAUGGCCACAGCAACAGCUCUGAAGGGGGUUCUCGCAAACCUGCAAGAGGACUACCUAAACAGAGCACUCCCAGGGCUGAUAACACACCACUGGAUUUCCAGGAGACUGUCUCCUUGAAAGAAAGAAUGGCUAUGUACAAGGCUGCUGUGUCUGAGAGAGAGAGUAGCAACUCCUUUGCUCAUACUUCAGAGAAAACCAAGUUCUGUACUGUGCCUGGUGGCCUGGCAGCAGUGAGGAAACAAUUUGAGAAAGUGCAGAUGACCUCUCCACAAAAGAUCUUUCCUCAGUACCAGCACCAGCACAAAUCUGUACAGGAAAUGUCAAGUAGCAGUCAGCACACAGUACCAAGCAGCACCAGGGAAGCCGAGUGCAAUGAAAUUACCUCCAAAGAAAGUCAAAUGGAAGCCUCUCAAACACAAGAGGUUUCUCAUCGCGAGCAAGUUACUCAUGAAACAAAAAUGUCUUCUACAUCCAUUCGGCACACUGAUGAAACAGUAAUCAAUGCAGCUCAGAAUGAAGAGUUCCCAAAGACUGUAACACAGAUUUUAAAACAGCAGAUUGAAAGGGCAGCUCAAGAAAAGGCUGUUCACUCUGACAGACAGACUGCAACACCUGCAAAAGAAGUAAAGAAACUGCAGAUUCAGGAGAAUGAAACGUGCAGACUCUGUCAACAGAGAGUUUACCCAAUGGAAUGCCUAGUUGCCGACAAGCAGAAUUUUCAUAAAUCAUGUUUCCGAUGUCACCACUGUGGCAGUCAAUUAAGCUUGGGAAAUUAUGCAUCUCUCCAUGGAAAAAUAUAUUGUAAACCCCAUUUUAAGCAACUUUUCAAAUCAAAAGGAAAUUAUGACGAAGGUUUCGGACACAAGCAGCAUAAAGAAUUAUGGAAUUCUAAAGAUCAAUGUAAUGAUGCUAUUCAUCCUGAUAUUUUGGAUAAUAAUUUGAAAAAAUCCACAGAAAGACGUAAAUUAAAGAUGACAUGGCCACCUUCAACAGAUGAUGCAACACCUAAGAAAACAUUUUCUAUUGAAGAAGUAGCUAAAGUAAAUAAGCCAAAGUGGCCCCCAGAAAGUUUUGCUCAGGAAGGUUCUAGUUUACAUACAAACCAACCUCUGGGCAAUGAAAGGGAUCCUCAGGAAAAAAAUGCUGUGAGAAAGCAAAGUGAAAAUGACACUGCAAGUGCACAACAAAAUCAACACUCAUCCUUUAGCUCUCUGUCCGAAAAAGAAGCUACAAAUAUCUGUAAAGCAAAGAAAAAUGAAGCAGGCAAUAAUAGAAAAGAUGAGGAAGCUGGGAACGUGCAAGAUAAGCUGAAUAAAACAGGAGGAUCACUGAAUAGGGAGGAAAGUGGAAAAGAUAUUAAUGAAGGUGAUAAUGUGAUUGUAUAUAGUGCUGGGAAGGAACAAGAGAAAAAAAAUAAUGAAACUGAUGAUUCAGAAGUUGUACAGGUUACUAACAUUGAUGAUGUAACAGUACAAAAGAAUAACAAAGAAUUUAGUUUGAAUAACAAUAACAAUAACAAUUAUGCCACUUUUCCACAUCUAAACAUUUGUAGGCAGGAAACAACUCUCUCAGCUACGUCUAAGCCAAUGACAGCAUUGAGCCAUGCAAUUUGCACUGUAUCACAGCAUGCCUUUGGAAAGCUGGAAAAUCGGUCUGGAAAUGAAAAAAUAUUUGAGAUGUAUGAAUCUCAUGAGAGCUAUUCUAGUGGUGCCGUAACUGUUUCAUGGCAUGAACAGAGCUCAAAAGAUGAAGAUGCGGUUACCUCUAAUAGUCUUGCUCAAUUUAAUAAAGAUGCCACUUGUCAGAAGUCUCAUACUAAUAGCGCAUUAGUUUUAAAGGAGGCAACUAAUACAACGUUUCCUGUUGAUACUGAGUUGGUAUGCCCUGAGGAAGAAUCAAAAUAUGACAAAAAUUUAAAUACUAUUUUAUUUGACAUUCUGCAAAUAUCUUUUCUUAAAAAAGAUGACCUGGUUUUAGACUGUGGUCUAUCAGACUCUGUAGGCAUACCUGAAAAGUCCCGCAGCCCAUAUUCAAAAAAACAUAGGAAUUAUGAUACAGAACUGAAUAGUAUUAAUGCCUGUCAAGAAACAGAAAUAAUUGAAGUGUCAAAGAAUGACAUAAACACAAACUUAGAUUUACUGAGCUCAAGAAAUACACCUGUUCCAUCGUUACAAGGUGAGAAAGGCAAGUUCAAACAGCUCCCUGCAGAAGAAUCAAUUAAAAGAAAUAGAUUCUAUGAUGAAAAUGAGUAA